GUGGGUUUGUCGUAACGUACUCUUACCGAAAAGCGAACAACUGUUCUUGCCGCUACGCCGGGACCUGUGCAUUUGGCUCUGCAGGAUUAAAGCAUGGCUACAUGUACAGAUUCUGUGAGAUCUUGGUAAAGGGCUCAAACUGAAGCAUGACUUUUCGCUGUCCGAUAGAUUUCGAAUCAUUCGAUACCAAGCUCGUUUGCGUUAUCAAGGAAUGUCAGCAGAAGCUCUUCCUCCCGCCAUCGGCAUCACGCCCGAAGGGGCGAUCAUCGAGCAACCGCAGCCAAAUGCAUCGUCAUCCCAAGACAUCCCCGCACAUUCAGCACCCUCGGCAGCCCCAAUAGAUCCCUUGCUGAGCCAUGAAGCUCUCUCACAGGGCGUCCACACCAACACGGCUCCGGAGAAAGACGUCCGAUUUCUACCGCCAUCAACACGCCUCAGUUUAAACAGUCUGUUACCCAAAGAGGAAUCGCCCGCGGUGGCGAAUGAGGAAGAGAAGUCCAAGCCUUUGGAAACGAGUGAUGCGGUCGGCGGUGUCACGGGGAUAGUGGGCGGGAUGGUGGCCUCACGGGAGACGGUGGACGCAGGUGUUGAUGCGGGCGUGGAAACAGAGUCUCCAAUAAGGCCCGCGGAGUUCGAGGUGGAGGUCCCGAAAACGGGAUGGGAGAUGGAUAUGGAUGUCUCCGCAAUUCUCAACCGCAAAAACAACACCCACCCGUACAUCGCCGCCUGCAAGCAAGCCAGCGUCGUGCCCGUAUCCUACAUCCUCGACCGCCUCGACGCCGCCGAAAUCAUCAUGCCGCACCAUGGACUCGGGCCCAAAGGAGCCGAGGCGUUUGCGAAAGUGCUUGGAUCCAACCCGACUUUGAAGCAUCUGGAUCUGAUGUACAAUGGCAUCGAGGCGGGUGGGGCGGAGAUUGGACGGAGUUUGCAGAUCAAUAGGGCUCUUACGACGUUGGUUUUAACGGGGAAUAGGUUGGGCUUCGACGGGUCCGCAGAGAUCGCGGACAUGCUUCAAUUCAACUCCACGUUGGCCGUACUAAUCCUCAAAGAAAACAACAUCGGCGACAAAGAAGCACAGCUCUUCGCCGAGGGUCUUCGCCACAACUCGUCUCUGCACACCCUCGACCUCAGCGACAAUCAAAUCGGCGACAUCGGCGCCAUCGCCCUGGGCGUGGGGCUCUCAGGGAACGACUCGCUGAGGGAUCUGAAUUUGAGCUGGAACCAUAUUCGACAACGGGGGAUAGCUGGGCUAUUGAACGGGAUUAAGGAUAACAACAUGAUGACGAGCUUGAAUCUGGAGGCGAAUGGAAUCGGCGACAACGGCCAAGCGGUCGCCAUGUUCUUGAGCAAAAAUAACAUUGUGCAGGUUCUCAAUCUGAGACGGACACGGCUAAGCGAUGCCGCAUUAGCACCCAUCGCAAAAGUCCUUGAGCAAAACUAUGGAAUCAAGGAACUCGAUAUCUCGGAUAACUCCUGGUCGCACGUCGCCGCGCCUGCGCUCUUCAAAGCGUUGCUCAAUUCGACAAGUAUUGAGAAGCUGUAUAUGCGGGUAACAUCGAUCUUUCGCAUUAUACACAUCUGGAAACUGGCCCCGUUGAUUCAUUGCACCAUAUCACUCUCCAGAACAUAAAACUCCCCCGCGAAACCCGCCUCAAACUCGCCGAACUCAUCCGCGACAAACCCGACCUCCAACUCAUCGAAAUCAGCGAAUCCGACGCCGACAUCGCUCGGAAGGAAGGCAACAACGGGAUGGGGAUCUCCAAGGCGUUCCUUGUCGAGCAGCGACGGAAGCAGGAGGCCGAGGAGGGGGAGAGGGAGGCGGAGAAGGAGGCGGAGAGGGUGAAGGAGGCGGAGAGGGAACUGGAGAGGGAGAGGGAAAGGGUGGAACGGGAGAGGGUGGAACGGGAGGAGAGGGACAGGGAGGAACGGGAGGCGAGGGAGGAGGAGGGAGGUUUGGAUAAGACCGCUGCGUUGGGGGAUGGUGGGGUGGCGGAUGAGGAAGGGGUAGAUGUCAAUGCUAGAGAAGAAUAACUGUAAUGUUUCAAUCAGACGAAGACAUCAAACAAG